UCAGCUCAGUUCACUACGAUCUCUCGUCCUGUGCGGAUCCAAAACCCGGAACGGUGUGCAUCAGGAGGAAGGUCUACCUCUUCCGUUCGAGCAUCUCGCGAGAACCAGCAUACGAUUACGGGAUAAACAAUUAGCUGAGCCAAUUAGAAAUUUGCGCCUUUCGCGAGUUACGUAGUGUGGUGAAACACAUCCGCGCGUACUUCCGAAGUGGCUAACCAAAGAUUAGAAUAUUAUCGAGCAAACGGAAACGAGUGUUAUUAAAUCGAAGCGUUUCGGAAGCUGUGAGAAAUUAUCCAUAAUCCCCGCUCAGUUCGCGGAAGUGGGCGGAAAAGUUGAAGUGUAUAAAUUAGAAUUACGGUUACACGGCACGCGGCCGUGUCAAGCGUGGACUGAUUGAGCGUGACUAGUUUGUGUGCUUUUCUAGUGAAUAGAGUGCAGGAACCGUGGCCUCUUGGCAUACACAAAGAACAAGUGGAGGUGGUUUUUCCUGAUUUUGGAUUACAGUUUGGUCGUAUCGGAGUAUGUAUGCACAUUUGCUGAAGCAGUAGCGGAUUGUGCACUUUGCGGUUAAAUUGAAUUUCUCUUUCUAAGAGCAGCUGUCACAUCCGUUGCCGCUCGGAUGGACAUUCCGGUUGAUAUGUGGCACAGCUGGUAAGCAAAUCAUAGAAUCAUCUUUUGCAUGCGAGAAACACAAACCCACACACACACCUGUCGCCACCGACUGAUCCCUGACUAGUAGUAACAGGACAACAUGGCAAAACAAACGAAUCCGGCAGCAGCAGCAGUAGCGCUGUUUGUGCUGUGCGAAAUCAUUGCACACAUCAGUGCUAAUAAUGAUGAUUUCACAAACAGGUCAACAGUUGUACGGUCCAGCCAGCUUCCGGUGCUGCUCAAAGAUGACAAUUUGCGGUGGUCGUCGAAGAUGAUCAGCUCACUGCAGACGGUCGGUGCGAUGGGUGGCAGCACGAAUGAUGUACUACCCAAGGACAGUGGUGAAGGGACGCGGUCUCAGCUGAACGGCGAUGCGGUCGCUGCGGUUGUUAAUGCUAGUGCACUGUGGAGUAAAUACUUCUCCCAGUCCGGCUACUGGGGUCCACCGGUAGAGGACACCCUGCGGGAACGGAUCGAUCCGUUCUGGUUGCAGUUCGAGCCGCCCUCGGCCACCGCUCACUACGUUAUCGGGAUAAUCUUCUUGAUUAUGACCUUAUUUGGUCUGGGCGGAAACCUGCUGGUCAUCCUAAUGUUCUGCAAGUUCAAAUCAUUACGAACACCAGCCAACUAUCUGGUCAUCAACCUGGCCGUUGCUGACUUCCUGAUCAUGUUGGACUGCCCGCUGUUUGUGUACAACAGCUACCAUCAAGGACCCGCAACCGGAAACUUGAUGUGCACGGUGUACGCCCUGCUGGGAGCCCUCGGUGGCACCGGAGCCAUCGUAACCCUAACGAUGAUCUCAAUCGAUCGCUACAACGUGGUCGUCUAUCCGCUAAACCCGAACCGAUCGACCACCCGGCUGAAGGUGAUCCUUAUGAUCGUGUUUAUCUGGAUCUACGCGUUCACAUUCGCCGGCAUCCCGAUGCUGGAUAUCGGCCUUAGCCGGUACACCCCGGAAGGCUACCUGACGGCAUGCAGUUUCGACUAUCUGGACCGAUCCUGGAACGCCCGGGUUUUUAUGUUUCUGUAUUUCAUCUUCGCCUGGGUUGUACCAUUCCUGUCCAUCACGUUUUGCUACGUGGCGAUCCUGCGAGUUGUCAUCGGUUCGCGUAGCAUUCAAUCGAGUAAGAACAAAAACAAGACUGAAAUAAAACUGGCCGGAGUGGUGAUUGGGAUCAUUGGGCUGUGGUUCAUAGCGUGGACACCGUACGCCGUUGUAGCCAUGAUGGGUGUGUUUGGCUACGAGAGUAUGCUGACCCCAUUGGGUUCGAUGGUUCCCGGUUUGUUUGCGAAGGUAGCCUCCUGCAUCGAUCCGUACUUCUACGCAAUGAAUCAUCCGCGGUAUCGCCAGGAACUGCGGCGUAUGUUUGGAAACAGUCGGGAUAUUAACUCGCAGUUUCAAACAUCCCGGUACACGCGGGGCACCUCGCGGAUGGCUGAUUCGGAUGGUGGCCACAGCGAACGGGUUCAGCUCGGACCGUCAACAGCGGCUGACGAUACUUCGCUGUCCGUUUCGAUUGAUCUGACGGAGAGCCGGACCAACAAUAAUCACUAGGGACGGCGUUCCGCCCGGUAGCACAUCCGAUUUACCUACAGGAAGCCCGGGAACGAAGAAACGGAGUUGUGAAGGAGAUGAUGUGAACGAAAACAUUGUGGAAAGUGCCUUCUUGUGAUAAUAUUUAAGUAUGGUAGAUGUUUGAUGAAGGAGAAAACUAAUCGUUUCGAUCUGUCGAAGAGCUGCAAAUCUACGGAUUUGCUUUAUUCCAUUUCUACAUUUAGACCCUUUUUAUGGUUACUAGAAAAAUAACUUCAUGGUUUAAUUGAAUGCCCUUUAUUCUACUACCAGGAACAAGUAUUUUAAUAAAAAUACAGACUUAGCUGAUUUUGAUACUCGGACCAAAGUAAUAAUUUACAUCUAUUUUUAUCUAUUUUAAACUUUCACCCUAUUGCAACAUAUUCCAUAUUCCAUUCAUCUGAUGCUACACCGGUGUAGUGCCGGGUUGAAAUAUGUCCUCAUCAAAGAGAUAGACUGUGCGAUAAAGAUAGUUUUCAGUUCUUGCCCGACGAGUUAGCGCUACAAAAAAUCAUGUAUAGAGGGUCGGACCGCACACAUAAAAGAACAAACAAAAAUCUUACGGUUUCCCUUAGGCGCAGCCAUCAUUACAUUUUCCGUUUGUGAGUGUAAUGAUCAUUCCAAAUUUACGCUCCUGUCUACAAACGCUUAUGAGUGUCCAGUUUGGACUAGAAACGGUGAAAAAGCGGUAAAUGUGUCAAAAAAGGUAGAGAUCACUUAUCUUUAUAUUUGUUUCCGACGAUGCACCAAUCCAGCUUAUAUAGCUGGCUAUUGUUCAAUCCUCACUGCACGAACAAAAGGCUGAGGAAUGUGGCGUUGAAAAAUGAAACAUAAAGCGAAAUCGAAACAAAGCGUACACUCGAACUAUCUGAGAGUUACGGUACGAAUGGCGGUAUUGUUCCACAGCGAUCAUUGACUUUAAAAACGCGUGGAAUUCGCCCGCCAGUGCGGGAAGUGGAGUGCUUGUUAAAAGUGAAAAUGUGUAUGAUAUUUACCUCAAAUUAGCUUCAACUAGUUCGAAAUCUGGUACUAAUACACUUCAAAACUGAUAUCUCACUAGAUAAAUUUAUCUACUAUAACAACAAGAAACAUGGUACAUGAUUCAUGUCGCAAUACGGCAAUGUGGACUCCACGAAAGACGACAUUUGGAUGAAUUUCUUCCCCGGCAUUCCCAACGAUGUUCCGAUGAUGAUAAUGCGACUAAACUGCUCUAUAUCUUCCUAUAUGACCCUGAAGCACCCUAUGCACAGACUACACUGUGCACAUAUGACCAACAGAUUGCCUCGCAUCUAUUUUGUGAGCAAUCUGCACACUAUGGAAAAUCGUGCCUGGAAGCCGCCAAGAAAAAAAAAACAUCAACCGAAAUCAGCAAACACAUCCAAACCGCAUCUCCCAAACCUUGGGCCUGUAAGAUUCUAUAGUAACAUAUUGAAAAUAAUUUAUAUUUAUUUGUUUUAAUUAAAAAAGACACAUGGCUCCGUUACGAUCAAUUACCAAUUCGAAACUCAAAUAUUGUAACUAAUUUAGUUAAAGGUUUUGUGCUCUUCACGCGCAAAGAUGGUUUUAAACAAUUUUCUCCUUGAUGGAGAAAAAAUAGUUUUUACUUAUUUCUUCUCCACUGAUUAUGUCAUAUGGAAGGAUGGGAAAAAAUUUAGCACAGAAUAAUCGGAGUGACAUCUCACGUUAAAUCGAUUCAAGCCAGGUGAUGCGAAUAUUUGUACGCAAAAGAACAAAACUAACAUCAUGUUAUUUCGUAUGCCAUAAGUAACCAUAAGCAUUAAGCCAUAUCAUGUGAGAACGAAACCCCAUUAAGGAUAUUCAUUACAACGCAUUAGAACAGAGUCAAUUAUAGUUUCAAACAGAUUUAUUUUUAUUUUAAAAUUGUUCCUUUUUGCUCACCAUACCGAAAGGAAACAUAAGAAAUGGUUUUAAAACCAUGGCGGACAAUGACAGCCAACUGAAGCUUUCUAAUAGCAUUAGUAGUGCCAAUUCAAAUUUGACAUUCGUACGCUGGCGCUAUAUAAUAGCAUUAGUGCUGCAAAAACGAGCUGUCAAUCUCUGCACAGUAAUAGCACUAUAUUUCGCCUUUUCUGGCAUAAUACCAGCAUUAUAUCAGUAUUUAGGGCUUUACGGCUCUAUAAUACUGCUUUAUAUCUGGAUUUAAAGCAAAUAUUAGGCUACGUUAUAAUGCUUAUUGGUUACUUGGGGCGUCUGGGGUUUUUUAUUCAAAUCGUUUAUUUGAUAAGGCACGUUGCGUUAGCUUAAAGGUGCCAAUUUUGUUUCGUUUUACAUUUUAAAUUGCUUAAAACUAGGGGAUUACAUAUUGAUUUUUUUUAAAUGAAACUAAUGCGAUUUUAUAGCUAUCUUAUAUAUCUACACAAGGGGAUAAUAUUAUUUUCGUAAGAUUAGGGGGGUCAUUUAGUUUUUGUGGCAAUAGGGUUUGACAUUUUUAUCAGUGAGAUUAUUGGAGCAAAUAAUGUUUAACUAAGGGGGACAAUUUUUUACGACUAUCUUAAAAGUAGGAAUAACUAGAGGGCAUGAUUGAAUUUUGUAAAGAUUCGUAAUUAUAGUUAUUUUUGUGAUUAUAUAAUAUAAUAGUUAAAACUAGAAGAGACAAGAAGAGCUAAAUGCUUCGUGAUGAUAU